AAUCCAUGGUUACUAAAUAUGUUUACAAAUGUCAAUCUUGCUAGUUUCUUUUCAUUCCAUUUUCAUACCUUGUCAUAUAUAGAAUAUGACGACAGAAAGAAUAAUACCAUCUCCUAAUACUUUGGUUAAGUAUGAUAAUCCAAUUUUAGUUUCCAAACAUGAUUCAAAAGCGGGACCUUCUGGGGAUGAAGCUGCAAAGAAGACUCCUCUCACCGCAGAUAUUAAACGCGAAGCUGAAGAAAUACUCAAUACAAUUCUACCACCUAAAGAAUGGGAAGACGAUGGACAAUUGUGGAGGCAGUGUGUUUCUACAACACCAGCAACUCGAUUAGAUGUUGUUAAUUUACAAGAACAACUGGAUAUGAGAUUACAACAAAGACAGGCUAGAGAGACCGGUAUUUGCCCAGUGAGAAGAGAACUGUAUACGCAAUGUUUUGACGAAAUUAUUAGACAAGUAACUAUAAACUGUGCCGAAAGAGGAUUGCUGUUAUUGAGAGUUAGAGACGAGAUGCGCAUGACCAUAGAAGCGUAUCAAGCGUUAUAUUGUAGCAGUGUUGCUUUCGGUAUGAGAAAAGCGUUACAGGCGGAACAAGGCAAAUCAGAUUUGUUCGAAGAUGUAGAAACGUUGAAAAAAGAAAAACAAGAUUUGGAAAAUCAAAUAACUGAAUUGAAGCAACGAGCAGAACAGGCGGAUAGGAGGGCGGCCGAAACGAGACUAGCGGAAGAAAGAAAACAUACUGAAGAAAUUGCAUUUUUAAAGAAAACUAAUCAGCAACUAAAGACUCAACUGGAAGGUAUUUUAGCACCUAAGAAGUGAAUAAUGGGGUUUAAAGAAGCAUACGCAGAAGGAAAAUAUAGUCAUUUAUUAAAAUUGUGGAUAUUUUUUCCAAAGCAUUUUUCUAAAAAUAAUAUUAAUUAUAUUUAUAUAUUGUCCCGUAUCGCUUUAAACCAACUGAAGACAUUUUACAUUUGAAAUAGUGUCGCGAGACUUUGGUUUACACAAAAAUGUAAAAGCCUUGGAAAAAGAGUUUUAUACAUUAAUAAAUUCAUCGUAAUAAAAAUAUUUAAUAUCUAUAAA